CCCCCCCCAAACUGUGGAAGGUCCCCUCAGCUGGAGGAACAAACCCCUGCAAACUGGAAAAAUGAACCCCAGACACAAAGGACAAAAGCACCCCUCUCCCCAGCCAAGUUGGAGGGGACCCCCCCCCCCCUUCCUUACUCCCUGAAAGCAGAGGGAGAAAGCCUUGCAAACUGGAAAAUAAACCCUAAACUGGAGGGAUGAACCCAAAGAGCGCAAUUAUAGCCCUUGCCUGGGACACCAGUAGCUUGGCUUUGCCACCUCAUCGCAAACACAUGGAAAUCCGGCAGGAAAGGUCGCUACUCCGGUCCAAAAUCCAGUCAUGGAUGCAGGCCUCUCAACGCAGCCAAUCUGGCGCAAGCUCUGGGAUGAUGUGAUGAAAACCAGGCCACCCAACUCAGAGGUGAGGAAAAGCCACUCAUGGGGAGUGGAGAAGGAGCACAAAGCAAAUGCCCUGGCUUUGGAAGAGUUUUCUUUACAUAGAAGAACUGAAGAAGCUCCACUGAUUUGGCAUAACAAGAGAAUGAAUAUAACCUGCUGGAGGAAGAAGUUCCUUGAAACAUUCUUCUCAAACGUUCUUCAUGGCGUGUUGGAUGUUUCUUCUGACUGGCGUCUCAACGACAAUGAUUUUUCACCGUUGCUCCACAGCUCACAGCACGUUACCCAGCUCACUCUCUGCAACAUGCUGCAGGGGGUGAUUGAGCUCACUGCUGAACGUAACCAAAGGGUGCUUGAAAACCUCGCUGGCUCCCUGCGGAUACUGAAGUUUCGGCAUCUGCUCUCCUCUGAUCAGUCUAUCAGACAUUUGCUGGUUUUACUUCUUCACCGGCUGAUUCAUCAUGGCUCUGUCAGCCAAGUGUCCAUGUAUUCCUGGCCUGUUCCUGACACAGUUCUUCUCAUUCUCAUCUUGAGCGUGAGUGCUGGGUAUUGGCACUCAGGAAAGGGGCUUAUGUAUCACAGCAGCCCUUGUGGCUUUUGCAGAGUGGGCAACGCCCAAAGCCAGGAGUCCGCACAAGAGCCAUCAGAGAUGGGCCGUUGCGAUGAGAGGGAAUGGAGCAAUGGUGAGAACCAGCAGGCUUCCCCCAGAGUGCUUGAGGAGGCUGACACGCAAGAAGAAGCGAAUGCAUGCGGGGCUGACGCUCCCCAGAGCUCAGCCUUCUCUGGACUGAGGAGUCAUCCUUCCCAAAACCUCGUAUGUGAGGAGGGAAGCAGUGAGGCGUCCUGUGACCCCACCGGUGUUAAAGACCCCCCUGGAGGGUCUUCUUGUUGCCUCUCAGGAAGGCUGUCCUGUCACCCCGUUCUUCGAAAGCCACGUAGACGUCUGAAAUCUGCGGUAGGGAGGAGACGCCGCUGCCCUAGGCAAAGCAGGGGGACGUAUGAUAACCCAGAAGACCUUUAUGAUUUUGUUUUUACUAUUGCUAAAGAGAAUGCUUCAGAGUUGCUGCAUAAAAACAUUGUCGCAGAAGGCGAAAGUGCAGAUAACUGGACUAGUUCCUCCACAGGUUCUCCGUGCUCCAGCAGUGCUGGCUGUAAGAAACGAGGAGGAUCUGCUGGGAUCUUUUCUCUGAAAGCUGCUCACCGCUUCCGAAGUGUGUCCACACUGGAAUUGUUCUCCGUUCCUUUGACUGGCGACACAUGUCGGACUCUGAGUAACCUGUUGAGCUCCUGGGUGUCAUUAGAAAACCUGGUUCUGUCUUACAAUGGCCUGGGAGAUAACAUCUUCUGCCUCCUGUCUGGGCUCCGGGCCCUCUCCCGCCACUCAGACUGCUGCCUUCACGUGGUGCGUGUGAGCGACGUGUUCUCUCACAUCCCCUGCAUGGACCUUGUUCGCUGCAUCCUGAGUGCCUUUCCCCGGCUCCAUACGCUCUCAGUCAGCUUCGAUCUCAAAAACCAGCUGGAGGGGAACAGACCAGAAGGGAAUCCAAGCUGCAGGGAGGCAGAAAUCCCAGAGAGCUGCCUGGAGCAGCUGGAAAUCCGAUUCCCCAGGGAACCUCUGCACACUGCGUUCCUGCUGCCGGUGCUGAAGGCAUCAAGGUCUCUCCAGCAGUUGUCCCUUGACAGCGCUGCACUGCCCUGUCCUCAGGAGCUUGAGCAUCUUUUGCAGGCACUCAGAGAGUGCAAUCCAAACUUGAAGAAACUGAGCUUUCAUGAUGUGAACCUUGCUGACCACCAGAAAGAAGUUCUGCUUUUGCUUCAGGACCCCAUCCUGCAAGAAAUCACAUUCUCCUUUUGCCGGCUGUUUGAAAGUUGCACUACUGAGUUUUUGUCAGAAAUAAUCAAUACAGUGAAGAGAAACUCAUCUCUGAAGAGCCUCAAACUGCCUGGGAAUCGCCUUGGGAAUCACAGGCUGGUUGCCCUUGCAGACAUUUUCUCUGAAGAUUCCUCCUCUUCUCUUUGCCAGCUGGAUGUCAGCUCAAAUUGCAUCAAACCUGAUGGGCUUCUGGAGUUCACAAAGAAGCUGGAAGGACACAUCCAGCAGAGAGGGGGACACAUUAAAUUCACCCACCUCCGCCUCUUUCAAAAUUGGCUGGACCAGGAUGUCGAAACAGCUCAAGAAGCACUUCGGCGUCUCAAAGCUGUGUGCAGCGUGGUCAAUGACACGUGGGACUCCUCCCAGGCCUUCGCUGACUACAUCAGUGUCAUGUGAUGGACACAUGAACAAGAGAAAACUGAUCAGCUUGUACUAAAGCAGUUCAGUCUAUGGCUAAUAAAUUUAUUUCUUAGUGCUGGUGGGCUUUUUUUCUCCCCCUGGUCCAAGCAGGGGUACAGUGUUUUUCAUCACUUCUCUGUUGAUUUGAAAGAGUGCUGCAGAUCAGCAGUUCAGGGUUGUCCAACUCCAUCCUCUUCCCAAAUUGGCUACUUAAACCAGGGCAGACACUUCAAAUAAAUUUCUGUGACGUGCUGCAGGUUUCUGAACAAGCAGUUAACUACACUCGGUGUAAAUUAAGAAUUUAUUGUUGUUUCAGCCAAUAAAUAAGAAUCCCUCCAUAUAAAGGCAAUAGAAAAUAAGCAAGCUAGGUGAAAAUCUGAGCCUGGACCUCUUGUAUUUGGAAAAACUUUACUUUGAGGAAAAAAAGAAAUUACAUCAAACAUAGCCUGCUGUUUAUUUGCAAUCAUUGAUUAGUUUUUGGGACAAAAAUUCUUCUCACCCCUAUUCAGUAUGUGCACUCAUUUUACAGAAGUAGAAGUGUGUUCUUUUGUAAAAUUUUUAUAAU